AUGGGUAAUAGUGAAAGCAUACCUAUUCCAGGAGGUGGAACUGAGGGAUAUCAUGUCUUGAGGGUUCAAGACAACUCACCUGGGCAAGCAGCUGGUUUGGAGCCGUUCUUCGAUUUUAUCGUUUCUAUUGGCAAUAUAAGACUGGACAAGGACAACGACACUAUGAAGGACAUCCUUAAACAACAUAUCGAAAAGCCGAUUGAAAUUACCGUUUAUAAUAGCAAGACUCAAACAGUGAGACAAACAACAGUUAUACCAUCGGAGAUGUGGGGUGGUCAAGGCCUGCUUGGUGUUUCUAUUCGCUUCUGUUCGUUUGAUGGUGCUAGUCAGCAUGUUUGGCACGUUAUUUCAGUUCAGCCGAACUCGCCAGCUUCUAUUGCUGGCCUACUCUCUGACUCUGACUACAUUCUUGGAGCUGAAAGUGUGUUGAACCAAGCAGAUGAUCUUAUCGCUCUAGUCCAGGCGAAUGAAGGAAAACCGUUGAAGCUCUAUGUGUAUAACGUUGAUACUGAUGUUGUGAGAGAAGUUAGUUUAACACCAAACUCGGCUUGGGGUGGGGAAGGUUGCUUGGGGUGUGAUAUUGGCUAUGGUUACCUUCAUCGAAUUCCCAUAUCAGUGGAUCGAUCGAAGAACACAGUGCCUUCGGUAAGGAUUUCGUUAAUGUCGCCAAAGCCAUCAUCUUUCCCCGAUCCAAGCCACUUUGCUCCUCCAGUCAACUUGAAUCUUCCAACGACGUUCUCUCCUCCUACAUCGUUUGUGUCACAAUCCACGUCCACACCUCUUGGGACGCCACGGGUAAUGCCUCAGGGCAUGGAGGGGUAUCCAAACGAUCGUGAUAGACAAAGCUAUAGCAACUCGCUGAACACUUCUACAGCGAUGCAACCUGUAACAGUAUUCUCGUUUGGCCUAUGUUUUAUUUUAUUAGCAGCGCUUCCGUCUGCCAUUCCGUCAGUGGUGCCACCGAUGUUUGCAACGGGUUCACUCCCAUCUACAAGCAGUGCGUUCACACCACCUCCGAUCAACUUUCCUAUGCCUUCACUGAGUUCGAUUGGAAUUACACAGCUGGCUGCACCACCGACUUCUGCAGCAGAAGCCCAAAAUCAGCAGCUCAUCAGUGGACCAGGUCAUCUAUCCUAUCAACAGCAGUUUCAUCCGGUUCCACAACACUAG